AUGGACAAUCAGCAAGGGAGCCCUGUCGCUGCUUCACAGCCUAGGCAUCCGCACGGUAACUUGGCGCGCCAAGUUGCUACAGAAGGGCCCAAAUUUUUCUCCCGGAUCCUUCGCCGGGCGGAUGAGGACCGUAUUUGCUCUAAAAACGAGACGUGUGGUCGUGGCAUUAGCCCCAAUGCGACUAACUUGGCUAUUGCCCUUGGAGUUGUUAUUCCUGUCGUUGCUGCCGCCAUCACCUUCUUUUUCCUCCACCGACGAAGCGUCAAACGCAUGCACAUGGAAGAUGCCAAAUACCGGGAGACCAACCUCGACUACGGCUUGGACGAAGCUCCAUCUAAGGGGAAGCGAAUGACGUCCAUGUUUGGUGCCGGCGGCGAGAAGCAACAGCACCGUCCGGGGCAGUUGUCCAUGGAUAUGAACCUCUCUUCUCCCUAUCUGCUCCCCCCAGAUCUCAACCAGUCCAAGGACUCGAUCCAUUCUCUCGCCAAGUCGUACAACAAUCGACAGGACCCGUACCACACCGUGCCUCUUUACUCCGGUGGUGAUGGCUCUUCGAUUCGAUCAUUCCCCGGAGAUCCUUAUUCUCCCAGGAGCAGCAAACGUCAAUCGUUCGCCAGCAACCUCCCUCCUCGCUCACAUUCCAAGUCUCAGUCGCCUCUCGCCACCGACCCCUUUGCUACGCCAACUCAGCCAGAGCCUGCUCACAUGGCACAACUUGAAGCACCUCCCUCUAUCCCCGACAACAACUUUCCCGUGCAGCCAAUCGUUCCUGAGAUCGGCACUGUACACGACGCUCACGCCGACGACCAGAGCAUCUACGAGAUGCCCGAUGUUGCCUCCCCGCCCGCUGCCCUUGCCAAAGACCCCAAAACUGGUCUGCCCAUUGACAACAGCUUCCGCUUCGAGCUUCCUGGAACCGUCGAUCAUGAAGCCCGGAUUGGUGUCGCUCAGCUCAGCGAUGAUAUCGGUCACCAGAACCCCCACCACAACCAGGGACUGGGUCUCAAUGUUGGGAUGCCAACUGUUUUGUCUCCUUCCGAAGACAUGUAUAGCCAUCCCAUCGACAGCAGCCAUGUAGUCUACGACGAACACAACGACGCUUACCCUCAAAUCCACACAACAGAGUACUAUGAAGACACAGACUACGUAGCCGAUGAUUUGCACCAAGGCCACAUGGGUGACGGCCUGGGUGUUCCGCAGACAGCAGCCAAGCGACUGUCCGUUGGUGUUGUACCUCUGCCGCCUGCCGAGGUCACCCAGUCUGAGGACCCCGAGUACCGCGCCAAUCGUAUCAGAUCCUUCUACAAGGAGUACUUUGAGGACUAUGCCGACGCACCGCCCCUGCCAGGCCAACCGGAACGUCAGGACGACUACAACGCCGGCUACCUUGGUGACGCGGCUUACUACGACGCCGAUAGCAAUGCCUUUGUCAUGCCAUAUGCUCAGCCCGUUACUCGCCGCGCCAUGACACCGCCCCCUGGUGGCGCCCGUCGCGGACCCCCGGGUCCUGGCAGACCACGAGGGCCUGGCUCUGUCGGCGGCAUGAGUCUGCCCGGAGGACGUGGCCGCCCCCGCGCUGGUUCCCAUGGCCACUUCAGCCAACCCAAGAGGAAGCUGCCCCCGCCUGCCGCUCUCAACACACUGCCCACGCCCUCCAAGCUCAAGGAUGACAACGCUCUCCUGAACGCCAUGGACUUUGCACCGCCCGAACUGUUCAAAGACCAGGUUGCCGGUCGCAGCCAAAGCCCUCUGGGUGAGCGCCGACCAUACAAACCGGGCCACGCUGGUACUACCCCCAUUGUCACAGCCUUUGACGAGCUCGCUGCCCUUCCUAGCCCGCAUCUGCUUCGUAAGUCAUCGACAUUUACCGGCCUCGACUUUGCGCCGCCGAAGAGGUUCAAAGACGACGGCAACGCGAGCGACGCCGGAAGCAUCAAGAGCAACCGUAGCGGCAUCUCAGCUGUGCAGCUCGGCGCAAUCAGAAAUGGUGCCGGCCGCGUCAGCCGUCUACCCGGCGAUACCGUCUUUACUACGGGCAACUUUGGUGACCAACUGAAGCCUCAAUGGGGUAUGCGUCAAUAA